AUGGGUCAGCAGCAAGCUAAGGCGCUACCCAAGGUCAUGCGCAAAGCAGGCGACCCCAUGAACGUCUACAACCUUCCCUCAGUCCAUACUGAAGUAAUAUACCCCACAAAUAAGCGCUUUACGACGUUUUCAAUAUGCAGGUGCUGGCAGUCGGCAAAGUUCCCCAUUUGCGAUAACGCACACAAGGCGCUUCAGAAACAGGGAUGCGACUGUGGACCGGCCAUGCUGGAGGUUCGCCAAGCUCCUAGUCUGAAGCCCGUAGGCGUCGAAUGGGUUCCGAGUGGAAGUGGAGGUCCAACCAACGCUUCUGCCACGCACCCUGGUGGCCCGUCUGCUGCCGCCUUAUUUGGAGGGGCUGCUUCUGUCUCUGCCGCAGUAGCCGGUCAGUCGUUGUUGCAGUAG